AUGAGGCCUCAUUCCUAUUUGGGGAACAAACCUCUCUCCUACCCACAGCACUGGCUGACACUUGCUUUUCUUUCAGCCACAAGCCCUCCCAGGGUAGUGACAUUUGAUGAUGUGAUGGCUGCAGCACGAAACUUAUCAAACAUGACUCUUGCUCAUGAAAUUGCCGUAAAUGACCAUUUCCAACUGAAACAAGAUGCUCUCUCAGAAAACAGCUUGGCAGGUCGAGUGAAGCACAUUGUUCACCAGGCCUUCUGGGAUGUCCUGGAAUCAGAUCUCAACGCUGACCCUCCUGAGUAUGACUAUGCUCUCAAGCUGUUUGAAGAAAUCAGAGAGAUUCUUCUCUCUUUUCUGACUCCUGGAGGGAACCGGCUUCGCAACCAGAUCUGUGAAGUUCUGGACAUAGAACUUAUUAGGCAGCAGGCUAAGCACAAUGCCGUUGACAUCCAAGGCCUCGCCAACUAUGUCAUCAGCACCAUGGGAAAGCUCUGUGCUCCUGUGCGAGAUGGCGAUAUCAGAGAGUUAAAGGCUACUGGCAACAUUGUAGAGGUGCUCAGACAAAUAUUCCAUGUCCUGGACCUCAUGAAAAUGGACAUGGCCAAUUUUACAAUUAUGAGUCUUAGACCUCACCUUCAACGCCAAUUGGUAGAAUAUGAGAGAACCAAGUUCCAGGAAAUUUUGGAAGAAACUCCAAAUGGUCUUGAGCAAACUACAGAAUGGAUCAAAGAGUCUGUAGAUGAGGAACUCCUUUCUCUUUCGGAGACUGCUGUAACUCCUGGGACUGAAAACAGCUCCACGCCAAGCCUGAGCCCUACAUUGGUGCUAAAUAACAGUUACUUGAAACUGUUGCAGUGGGAUUAUCAGAAAAAAGAAAUACCAGAGACACUCAUGACAGAUGGAACACGACUUCAGGAACUGACAGAAAAGCUGAAUCAAUUGAAAAUGAUUGCCUGUCUGUCUCUAAUUACCAACAACAUGGUGGGUGCGAUUACAGAAGGCCAGCCUGAGCUUGCAAACAGGUUAAAAAGGAUCUCAGCUGUUCUACUUGAAGGCAUGAAUAAAGAGACCUUUAACUUGAAGGAAGCCCUGAAGUCUAUUGGUGUUCAGACUUGCAUUGAGGUUAACAAGACCCUGAAAGAGCGAGAUUUACCUGUUCUAAAUGCGGAGAUUCAAGCUAAUCUUAUAGGUCAAUUUUCAAGCAUUGAAGAUAAAGACAAUUCUAUCUGGUCCUUGGUUGAUAAACGAAUCCAGCUGUACAUGAAAAGCCUGCUUUGUCUUCCAAGCCCACAAAAGUGUAUGCCUCCCAUUCCAGGAGGCCUUGCUGUCAUCCAGCAGGAGCUCGAGGUGCUAGGGUCCCGAUAUGUUAACAUUGUGAACCUCAACAAACAAGUGUAUGGACCAUUUUAUGCAAAUAUACUCCGAAAGCUGCUCUUUGGAGAAGAAGCCAUGGGGAAGGUGGAUGCUUCACCUCCAACUAACUGAAGAGGAACUGAUAUGGAAGAAGAUAUGAGAAACCCAGCCCUUUGGUACCCAGUCCCAUUUCUAUGGCAUUACAGAUACAGCACAUUCUUAGUACUGUCUGUGGCACAGUGUUAGCCCAAAUGUGUAUAAUCUGGUAAUGUUAGAGCAGUACUGAAGACCCACACAUCCCUUACAGCCUCUUUGUAUAUCAUUUUCAAGUUUAAAACACACAUUUUUAAUGAGUGAACAAAAAGGAAUUUUUAAUUACCUAUCCAAUUCUGGUGUUUUCUUAAGCAUUUGCAUUUGUUUGCCCUCUAAAGAUCUGGUCUACUCAUUUGUCACUAUCAUACCUAAUAACUUCUAAUUUUCUACAACUUCUUAAAGGGUGGAAAGUUGUGAGGACAACUAAAGGAAUUGAUAUUCUGAAUAAAUGAUGCAACAUAAGCAUAAUUGUAUUGGAAAUGUACCAUUACUUUUUACUGAUACAGCAAUUUACAUAGUAAGUCCUCCAGUUUCCACAAACAUACCAAAUCAUAUUUUGUAAUACCAAUUGUCAGUAUUUAUUUAGAAGUUAAAUUAAUUCAGUACAUUUAAUGCUGUAUAUAUAUUAUAUAUAUUUUCGAUAAACCCUUCCAUGUUUGUUAAUGAAAAAAGAAAUAUAUCCUUUUCUUCUACAAUGUUAUUCUAGAGGUUGGGUCCUUCUUAUAAAUUUAUCUACUCUCUGAGAGAAAAACAAAUUUGCACAGAUAUAUCAGUGAAUGCCUCUGCAGCAUAUUCACAGGUUUAUAGAAGAUUUUGAUAUUUUUAUGAAAGGCAAGGCUGAUUUGAAUCAGCUGCCUUGUAAAAAGAGAAGUUUACAAUAAAAAUGAGAUCCUAUUCCUGAUGAAGUUCACAUCUAAAAAAACACAAACUGUGGGUUUCUGAACCAUAUAACUUAACCUAGCAAAUGCCUUUUGUGCUAAGCAAAUCUUGACCUGCUGUGACCACAGUGCUCUUGUUAAGUAGCAACAAUUAGCCAUUCCUGAGCAUGAAUGGAGCCCAGCACAGCUGGAUGGUAGCUGUCAUUGGAUUUUAGAGAGGUUUAGCUUCUUCCAGAAUCAUUCAUUUUUGGCAGGCUGAAGGAAGUGCUACAGGCUGGGGACACUGGGUUUGGAAAGUACUUCAGCUGGAAACAUGUUUUCAAUUGUUUUGUUUUCCAAGGGCCCAUUGGACAUCAGCAAUUUGGUGGAGAAGAGUGGGUAAGAAGUAAAAUGAGUACUCCUUUUUUCCUCAACUUCUUUUUCCUCACCUCAACCUCCACCCUUAGGGUGUUCCUGCAGAAACAACUGUGUACAUGAAUGAUCUCCUGAUACUUGGGAAGAUCUGCUAAAAACUUUAGGAAAUCCCAAACAUCAGCUUUCCUCUCAAUGUCCAAGAGAGAACACAGCCAUUCUAUCUAUGUAAGCAGCUGUUAUUAGUGGAUUUUCCUAAAGAGCUCACCCUGAUCUGACCCAUUUUGUCCUCCUGCAGUUCUGGUCUGCCAUGCUUCUCUAUGCUUAGAAACCACACGGUGCUGAAGACUUCUGUCUUCAUUUUUUUUUCUCUGAAGCUGAAGUUAUUCUGAGCUAUGAUCAUGUGGGGGGCCUGGCAGUGGGGAGGAAGGGAAUUGUUAGGUAGUAUGCAUUUUUUGUUGCUUUCUGGAGUGAAUGGUAUGUUUAGCAGUUGGUGUAUGUUUUUAUUAUCAUAUUGGAAGCCAGUUGAUAUUCACUUAUAUACUUGAUUAUACUGCAGGUUGCCUGCAGAGAAAACAAUGUGCAAAUAUUUUAAAACUGCAUUUAAAAUGAAGGGCAUUUUGCUUUUUUUUUUUAAGUGACAAAGUAAAUCUGUCUCAAAUCUGGAUUUAGGCAACUACAUUUGUUAGAAUUUUAAAAAUCAUAUUCCUUAGUGUGUUUAUUUAGCUUUUACUCAAAUGUUUACUUCUACUUUUGAGGCUUUCCUAGUAUAGUCCUGUUUUGUAAUGUAAAUUUUAUUAUCAAGCACCGUAUGCACAUUUUCAUUCUGCUAAAAUAUAUGCACUAAAUUUUAAAACAUUAAAAAUUAUUUCAAGAGCACA